UUCGCGCGAGCUACGUUGCUGGAAGCUAUAAAAAUUAUUUAGACAUUCUUUAAAAUUCCCAGUAUUCAUAAAAUGCGUCUAUUUAUUUGGGCCCUCUUUGCGACAGUUUGUUGGCAAUACGUUUGCGCUGAUGUUUCGGAGUUGGUGCGUUCUGGCAAUGGAUUUGUCUACGAUAUACCCAAGGUUAGUCAACUGGAGCUGGAGCUGAACAAUGAGUUUCCCACAGGCGAUGAGUUUCCCCAGGAUGCGAUACCCGUAGCUCCAUCCGAUGCGGAGCUUGGCCAGGCCGAGGAAGCCGACCAGGCGGCAAGUGUGGACAGUGCUGUUUAUGCCUCAUCCAAGGGCCAUGGUUACGCCUACGAAGUGCCCAGCCGGCGUUUCAAAAGCUAAGCCAUAAGUUGAUCUUUCCGCUUUAUUUGUUU